CAGAAGCAAGCACCUAUCCUUCAGUUUGUGUGCUGUGCUUGUUAUCAGUGUGUGGCAGAUGUGGAUUCUGAUGGGCGUUGUUGCAUCAAAUGCUGGUAUUCGUUUGACUGAAGGGUCAUUCAGCAGGACCUCCCUCUGGCGUUAUUAUUAUUAUUAAAGUGUGUUUCAGUGGUUAUAGAUGCCUGCAGAAAUGAAAGUGCUUCUUCUGAAAGAGCCACGAGACAGUGGAGAUGAAGCAGACCCUUAUAUGAAGGAAUUGGCCUCUUGUGGACACACGGCUGCUUUGAUUCCGGCUCUGUCCUUCAGAUCUGUGUCUCUAAACGAGCUCUCCGAGCGGCUCUUUGAGCCCGAGAGGUUUGGAGGCCUGAUCUUCAGCAGUCCCAGAGCCGUGGAGGCCGUGAAGAGCUGCUUAGACUCUCAGAGACACAGACACAGUGAGUCUGGAUCAGCAGAUGCUCACAGCCUUUGCAGUGGCUUUUGUUUUGUAGUUGAUGAGUGA